AGAGCUGGCGGGAGGCGCGGCCGGAUGGGGGAGCAAACCGGCCGAGCUGCGGCUUUGUGCCGGAGCCGCUGGCCUAUAGAGCGCCCUGCGGCCUCUACAAUGUGCCUUGUCGCCCCGUGCCAGAACUUACAGACAUCGGGACCCACCCCAGCCGAGCCCGGCCGCCCCGGAGCGGAGCCUGAGCGUGGAAGAGCCGUGCCUCGCACCGGAGCCGAUCAGAAACCGGCACCGCGGGUGCCCGGGUACCCAGCGAGCGCCAGCCCCGCAAGCAGCGGCGACCGCGGGGUCCGAAAGUCGCCGGUGCUGGAGCUGGAGUCACCCAUGGAACACUCACCGGUUCGGGGCACCGAAAGCCAGAGCCACCAUUUCUCUGCGGCCCCCCGAGACAAAGCCAUCAUCGGUACAAUACCAACAGCCGUGCCCGAUCCAGAGUGUAGCAGACUCCAUGGCAGCAGCUGUGAAAGUGACACCCCAGUGCUACAGAUGUGGACAGCCAGGCCACCUAAAACCAACUGUCCCUGUGAGUCUACACUACCAGGAACAAUUAAUGGACAAAGGAAUACAGCUUGUAUCCAGUGUGGAAAAACCAAUCCAGUGACCAGACAAUGCAGAUCCCAAAUUCAUUCUGACAGAUCUUCCUUUAAGGAUCAGGGAAACGCGAGACCCAGUGUGAAGGGGAGAUGUGCGAUGAUGAUACGAGCACCUUUUCGCCUUCCUGUCAGAGCCUGUGGCACCAGCUCACAGGAAGGACCAGAGGAGCAGCUGCAAUGGGUGUUUCCACAUCCAUCUUAACAAGCAUAAGCACUUUAAAGGUACACAGGGUCCGUCUUGAGGUCCACGGGCUCAUCGGGAGAGGACUGAGUGCACUGCUGAUUGGAAGAUCCAGUGUUACUCUACAAGGUAUUUUUGUGUACCCUGGUGUUCCUGAUGCAGAUUUCACUGGGCAGAGACAUGCUGUGGUUUCAACUCCUAUUCCACCCGUGACAAUCCCCACAAAAACACAAAUUGCCCAACUCAUCCCUUUUAAGUCUCUUGUCCCCAAAACAGAGCCCAGAGAGCGAGGUGAGCGAGGCUUUGGAUCCACUGGAGAGCCCCAGGUGUGCUGGACUCAGGUCAUAAGUGAUCCAAGACCUAAUAUGGUGUGCCCUGUUCCGAUGCCUCAGGCGAGGCCAUUGCAAAUCAAGGUCAGAGGGAUGGCUGACACAGGGGCAGAUGUUACCAUCAUCUCUGCCCACACCUGGCCAUUAUCAUGGCCCACCACAGCUGCAGGAGCUGCCAUUGCUGGCCUUGGGGAGACUACACAGAGCUGCUGGAGCAGCAGAUCUGUGUUGGUCAAAAAUCCCAAAGGUCAAACAUCUAUCAUCCAUCUGACCAUCCAUUACUGCAGCAGCACUUAGUCUGUGGGGGAGGGAUGUUCUUUCUGCAUGGGGAGUUAGGGUAGGAAGGGAUUUUUAACAGGGACCGCUGUUUUAAAAGGUGUGAAAUAUCC